AUGAACAGCUCAGAAAAAUCAUCUUUAAAAGUAACGACGCAAACGGCUAAUCAACAAUUACUAGAACUCCUGAAGAAAUUUUGGGUCCAGGAGGAAUUACCGAAUACAAUAUCACCAUCAGUUUUAAGCAAAGCUAAAGCAGAAUGCGAGCAGCAUUUCAUCGAAACUCAUCAGAGAGAUUCAACAGGGCGUUAUAUAGCGCGGUUUCCAUUCAAAUCAUCACCAGCCGCACUGGGGGAUACAGCAUCGUCGGCUAGGAUCAGGCUAGAGAAAACCAUCAGGCGAUCAUCAGCAGAUCCAGACGCUCAUACUCUCUACAAGAAAUUCAUCGAGGAGUAUGAGGUCUUGGACCACAUGCAGCGAGCACCACCAGCACCGGAACAAAGGCAGACAUACUAUCUGCCUCAUCACGGAGUACUGAGGCCAGACAGCACCACCACAAAAUUGAGAGUGGUGUUUGACGCAUCUCAUCGAAGCUCAUCAGGAGUGUCAUUGAAUGACAUACUUCAUCCAGGACCGAAACUACAAAUUGACAGCUCUGAUGUACUCAUCUGGCUGCGUCGACAUCGUUUGGCAGACAUACUAUCUGCCUCAUCACGGAGUACUGAGGCCAGACAGCACCACCACAAAAUUGAGAGUGGUGUUUGA